AUGUUAGAAAAAAAGUUUGCUGACAUUGACAAGAAAUUUGAGAAUGUUUUAAACAAGAACAAGAGGAAGUUAGAAAAUGCUCAGAUAAAACCCAUACAUGACAAGUUCUUAUUUGCUCAGAAUGGUAUAACAGGUCUAAUCGCACCACCUGGGUCGGGUAAGACUUUCACUUAUCUUAAAAUGGCUGCACAACAACAAGAACUAGAUGAGAAGAACCCAUUCUAUGAGUUAGUAGUCAUUUGUAGUACUUCUGGUCAAUUUGACCAAACCGUAAAUUCGUUCAAAGAUAUUAUAAAAAAGUCUAAGUUAGUAUGUAUAAAAGACUCUGAGUUGUUGGAUUGGAUAAAGAAGUACCAAAGAAGAGUUUUGAAGUACAAUGCUAUAAAUGAGUAUAUAAAUUCUAAGUUUAAAGACCCAAAUGAGGAAAUGCAGAGAAUAUUAGAGAAGAAACACUUCAGAAACAAACAGAAAGAGAUAGAAUACAUUUCGAAGAAAUUGCAAUCUUACGAUUGGAAGACAUACCCUCAUAGAUGUCUUCUUAUCUUAGAUGAUUUCGCCUCUCAUCCUUUGCUUAAGAAUAGAGAACAAGAUAU